GCGUCCUAAAAGCUGAGACAGAAGCGCAGCAGACAGACAGAACAGCCGGGUUAAUGCCGUCCGUGCGCGGAAGCUGAUGUUUAUCGAUAGAACUUGAGAAGCUAAGCUGUCAGUUCUCUGUUUUCUGCGGACCGCUUCGCGUGUCUUGAGAUUUAUAAUAUUUUUCAUGUUUUGAUGACCUUCUGUUUCUCACCGCUGCGAAACGUCUUGCAUGAUGGUCCAUGACUCAGUUACGUGCUGAGUCCUGAGGGCUGAGUGCCGCAGUCGGUUAUAGAGGAGUAGAAGGUAUAACCGGCUGCUUGCUGGUGUUUGAUUAUCGGAGCGACGCGAAUGUAAGCCGACAUUUGAUUAAUUUCGCUAGGAUCAUGGUGGAGCUGACCUGCCUCACCGCUUACUGGCCUCUCAUCAGAUUCCUGAUUCCUCUGGCUGUUACCAACAUCGCCAUCGAUUUUGGGGAGCAGGCUCUGAACAGAGGCAUCGCGUCAGUAAAAGAGGACCGUGUGGAGAUGCUGGCCAGCUACGGUUUGGCCUACUCGCUCAUGAAAUUCUUCACUGGGCCCAUGAGUGACUUUAAGAGUGUUGGGCUGGUGCUGGUCCACGGCAAGAAGGACAGAAGAAAAGCAGUGCUAUGUAUGCUUGUAGCUGGGGUUAUAGCUAUGAUCCUCCAUGUUCUCAUAGCUUACACAGAUCUAGGAUAUUACGUCAUCAACAAACUCCACCAUGUGGAUGAAUCUGUUGGCAACAAGACGCGAAAGGCAUUUCUUUACCUUGCAGUGUUCCCUUUACUGGAUGCCAUGGCGUGGAUUCAUGCUGGCAUCCUUCUAAAGCACAAAUACAGCCUGCUGGUGGGCUCCUCUUCAAUCUCUGACGUUAUAACACAGAUCAUUUUUGUGGCAAUCCUGCUCCACAGCAACCUGGAGUGUGUUGAACCCUUGCUCAUUCCAAUCCUGUCUUUGUACAUGGGAGCACUGGUGCGCUUUAGCAUCGUGGGACUGGGCUACUACUGCAACAUUCAUGACCACUUUCCUGACUCCAACAGCCAGGACAUGGGGGGAGAUACCACCAUCAAGAUGAUGUUGAGCUUCUGGUGGCCACUGGCACUCAUAUUGGCCACCCAAAGGAUCAGCAGGCCUAUCGUCAACCUGUUUGUGUCACGAAAUCUCAGCACUGCACAGCAAGGCAGCUCUGCUUCCACAGAGGCUGUAGCAGUGCUCACAGCCACCUAUCCAGUGGGACACAUGCCCUAUGGUUGGCUAACCGAACUACGAGCUAUCUAUCCAGCAUUCGACAAGAAUAAUUUAAACAACAAGUUAGCUGCUGGUGCUGGAGUGACAAAAUCCCAUAUCAAGAAGUUCACCUUAGCCUGCUUUACAAUGUCUGUAACGCUAUGCUUCAUAGUGUUCUGGACCCCUGGUGUGUCUGAGCUGAUCCUGGUGAAUGUAAUUGGAGUGGAUGAGAAUUUUGCUCAGCUUUGCACGGUUCCUCUUCGGAUAUUCUCCUUCUUCCCUAUUCCAGUGACUAUUCGAGCUCAUCUGACAGGGUGGUUGAUGACUCUGAAGAAGACGUUUGUGCUGGCCCCUAGCUCUGUGCUGAGGAUAGUCGUGCUCAUCACUAGUCUCUUAGUCCUUCCUUAUAUGGGGGUGAAUGGUGCUGCAUUAGGAGUGGGCUCACUACUGGCCGGCUUCCUCGGAGAGGCCACGAUGGUGGCGUUGGGGGCGUGCUACGUGUAUCGGCAGCAGAGAAAGAAUUCAGGCACGGAGAUAGUCAUGCAGGGGGACGACUCUACCCCGAUGAGUGAUGUCACAUCCACAGCGGCGUUAGAUGACAUCCAAGAGGUGGAUGAGGAGGAAGAGGGACAGAAGGAUUGAUGGAGAGAAAUGAACGAAAAGAGAAACCUGAGGUAAAGUCGAUGACCCGAGGGGGAAAACACAGGGGAUUUUCCCUGUUAACUUAAAGAAAAACUAACAAUGCAAACCUGUACUCCUGAAACCAAAUAACAGGACUGCACCGUGUGAGUUGGGCUUUCCUGCUCAGACCAAGCCCGAACUGAUCUAUCUGCUACAGCACUUUCUACAACUGACAGAACCCUUUUGCACUGACAUUCAUCAGAUACUCAGUUCAGCAGCUAAUAACGAAAUGUUUGCAAAUUCAGCAGUACCGAGUUUGUGUUCUCCGCGUCACACCAACUUGUCACAAACACCACCCAAGGGCAUCUAACUGCACAGAGGGAGACAAUCUGGCAAACAGCACAUGUACUGAACUUUGACACAGUGGAACAUAUUGUCUGUUACAGUGUGGGCCUUAAAACGCACAAUAUCUGUUAUUGCACAGUGUCGCCUAACGCACAAAUAGAAUUUUGAUGUAUUACAGUGAUAUCUAAUUUUUUAUUUUUAUUUUAUUUUUUAUAAAAUUAGCUAUUCAGGGAAAUACACAACGGAAAUCGUAUCAUUUUCUCUUUUUUUAUGCUAAACUUGUUCUAUCUAGUGGUCUGUGGUUUAUAGGAGGAUGCAUGGAUUAUUGAUUCAGGGUUUUUUUGUUUGUUUGUUUGUUUGUUUGUUUGUUUAAAGCAACAAACCCUUGUGGGAAAGUUCUUUCUAGCAUCAGCUUAGACCGAAAUGUACAUAUGAAACAAUUCAGGGUCAUGGUGAUUAGUUUUAAUUGCUAAAAACAUUUAAUUAAGAUUUUCUCUCUCUAUUUUGAUAAAGCUUUAUAACCAUGUUUACAAUUCUUUGUAGUUUGGAAACUAUGCUUUAUAAUUAUUUUUUUAUAUUAUUUUUUGUAAACAAAUUCUCAUGAAGCUCAAGUAAAGUGUUGUAAGUGUCCCAAAACCCCCUACAAAACAACAGUACAAGGUGCAAUCCAUACCUAUAUUUGGAAAGUAUAAACUUUUAUUUCAGACACUAAAUGAAUAGAAGUACUUUACUUUCAAGUCAUCAAGGAGUUAUUUGUAAUAUUAUGAUGGAGCAUUAUGAUUCCGUAUUACUGUUUUUUUAAAAUACUUACAACGUAGUAGUAGUUAUAUCAUACACUUUCUGUCAAACUGUCAAAGUAGUGUGUUUGAUAAUUUACAACGCUCCGUGCUCUCUGGAUGAGGGCAGGGGGCCCCGUAAACUACAGACAGAUGAAGGGAAAGAAUUUUUUUAAUGAACAUUUUCAAAGCAUGACAAAAAAGUACAACAUACAACAUUUUGCAGCAGCCACCGGUUUAAAAGCGUGCAUCGUCGAGCGGUUUAAUAGAACCUUAAAAGGGCGGAUGUGGAGAUAUUUAACUGCUACAAACUCCAAACGCUGUAUCGAUAUUCUACAUCACGGACGGAUACAACACCAGCUGUCACAGGAGCAUUAAGAUGAGACCUAUUGAUGUGGACAAAGAAAAUGAAUCCGCCGUGUAUAAAAUCCUAUAUGGAUCUAAAGACGGCCCCGGCGUAACCCCUACAUUUAAAUAUAAAGUUGGCGACAUUGUUAGAAUUUCUAAAGUAAGAGGUCCGUUCACAAAAGGUUAUAAAGAAAACUACACGCACGAGUUCUUCACAAUAACAGGACGCAUAUCACGCGAACGUCCCGUCUAUAGGUUGUGUGAUAAUGACGGCGACGUCAUCGAUGAUGUUUUUUAUGAAGCGGAAUUACAAAAAAUAUUUGUGAACAAAAACAAAACAUUUAAAGUGGAAAAUUUUUUUCACAAAAUAAAUAUUCUACUCAUAUGUACACAUUCAAACAUCACGCUUUUCUAACAGUGUGUUUACACAAAGGAAAUACACACACACACACACACGAACGAACACAAACACAUCCCCACAUUAAACACAUUAUUUCUUUUCAGACGUAUUUCACCCCACCAAAAACCAAACUCAUUAACAUAAACACCUUUUGUUGGGAGGGGGGCCAUUCCCCCCCCCCACACACCUCUCCACAACACCCCCAGACACAAAGGAGCCAGAUUGAUCAUCUGAUACACUCCAUAGGGUUACCCCCCCCCCCCCCUCACCACCCCCACAGACCUGCCCGUCAGGGAAGCACGGAGGGUCAUACAUUAUCAAACACACUACUUUGACUGACAGUAACUACUAGUAUUGUUACCAAACUACAAAAUUGGUAAGCCUAUGUAUUAAGAAUCAGAGCCCAGUAUGAUGGCAAAAUGUCAGGCAUGGAAACGUUGCUGUUGUGCUUUCAGAAUUUAGUUGAAUUCCACGAUGCAGGUGUAACUAUAGCUCACAACAAAAUUUACACUCUUUACAAUCCAAAAGACAGGAAUUCCAAAUAAGUUAAUAAGCUUUACAGGGAUCUUGUGUGUGUGUGUGUGUGUGAGUGAGCCUAGGAAAAAAUCUUCCACAUGAUCAAAAUUUUCUUUACAUUUUCUACUCUGUAGCGCUCUACAGGCCGUGUCUUUUUCAUGCGUCUCACCCACACGUCCAUUACAGUAAAUCGUUUAAAGUCUGAUGAAUAAAAUGGUUUUCCCGAAUCUCCAUACAUACACAGUACUGUGUAAAAGUCUUAGGCACAUUAAUUUAUUUAUUCAUUCCUCAUAAGUGACCGCUUCGGCCUGGUUAGGGUCACGUUGAAUUCCGCGCCCAUCCCGGGAACACUGGGCGGGGGACGGGGGGGUUGUGGGGGUGAGGCAGAAAUACAGAGGCAAGAGAAAGUGUGUGAAGCUUUUGGAAUUUCGUGGAUUUCUGAAUAAAUUUGUCAUAAAAUGUGAUCUGAUCUUCAUCUAAGUCAGGGGCAUUAACAAAUACAAUGUGUCUAAUAUAAUAACACAAUAAAUUCUGAUCCCUCCUGUCUUUAUUGAGAACAACCAAAAAACCCUCAUAGUGCUUGUGGGAAAAGUAUGUGAACCCUUGAGUUAAUGACCUGGAAAAAGCUAAUUGGAGUCAGGUUUCUGCACACCUGCAGUCUCGUUAAGAAAAUGAGUUUGGGGGUGUGGACUACAGCUACUUUCACUGAUAAAAACCCCUCAAACGUUUGGAGUUUGCUCUGCACAAGAAGCACACGCUUACGUGAGCCGUGCCUCGCCAAAAAGAGCUUUCAGAGGAUCUACGAUCAAGAAAUGUUGAUUUACAUAAAGCUGACAAGGGUCACAAAGUGAUUUAAAAGACUUUAUAAAUUCACCAGUCUACAGUCAGGCAAACAUUCUACAAAUGGAGACACUUUUGGACUGUUGCUACUCUACCAAGAAGUGGGUGCACAGUCAAAAUGACACCAAGAGCACAAUGAAGACUCGUCAGUGAGGUAAAGAAACAACCCCGAAUGACAGCCGAAGAUUUGAAGCAUCGUUGGAACUGGCGGACAUCUCUGUUCAUGAGUCUACAAUACGUAAAACACUGAACAAGCAGGGUAUCUACGGCAGGACACCACGAAGUGGUUACUGAAAAGAACGCUGCUGCACGCCUGAAGUUUGCACAGAGCACAGUGACACUCCACAGCGGUAUGGGCAAAAUGUUUUGUGGACUGAAGAAACUAAGAUUUAACUAUUUGGGAAAACCACACAGCACUACAUCUGGCGUAGAAAGGACACGGCGUAUCAUGAUGAAAACAUCAUCCCAACCGUACAGUACGGUGGAGGAAACGUCAUGAUUUGGGCCUGCUCUGCUGCAUCACGGCCCGGCCAGCGUGCAGUCACUGAGCUGAAGAUGAAUUCCCGAGUAUAUCAGACAAUUCUUCGGGAUAAUGAGAAUAUCUGUGCGUCAGCUGAAACCGUGUAGAAGUUGGGUGAUGCAGCGGGACAACGACCCAAAACACCGGAGCGAGUCCACAACAGAACGGCUUCAGAAAAACAAAAUCCGCCUUUUGGAGGGGCGGAGUCAGAGCCCGGACCUCAACCCGAUAGAGAUGCUAUGGAAUGACUUGAAGAGAGUCGUACACAUGAGACGUCCGAAGGAUACGAAGGAUGCUUUAGCUCUAAAGCAGUUCUGCAGGAAGAACGGGAUAAAACUCCUCCUGAACGACGUGCAGGUCUGAUCCACAGCUACAGGAAGCGCCUGGUUGAGGUGAUUGCUGCCGGGGGGUCGACCAUUUAUUAAUACUAAGGGUUCACUUACUUUUUCACUGCCAUUUUGAAUGUUGAAUGAGUGUGUUCAAUAAAGACAUGAGGGAUCAGAAUUUAUUUUUUGUUAUUAUUUUAGACACAUUAUAUUUGUCAACACCCCUGACCUAGAUGAAGAUCAGAUCACAUUUUAUGACAAAUUUAUUCAGAAAUCCAUGAAAUUCCAAAAGGUUCACAUACUUUCUCUUGCCACUGUACACCUUAAAUGGUACACCAGUCCAUCCCAGGGCAACAUGUACACACGCACACACUGCUAGCCUGCUAGCCAGUCCAAAUACUGGUGUUUUUGGGUGGAAUCCCACAUGAACAUGGAGGGAACAUUUGAAACUGCACAGGCUCGCGAGCCCUGUCGCAGCGAGGCAGCCGUGCUACCAACUGCACCACCAUGCCGCCGUAUAAAUAUUACGAAAAACAAUGCUUUCAACAAUAACGAAACUCAUUUUUUUAACCAAAUGUGACCACCCUUUACCUGUUAAAACAGCUCUCAGAAACUUCUGAGGAAAUCAACUGGUACGUCAUUCCAGGCGUCCUGGGGAGUUUGCCACGAGCAUUGUGCAAACUUUGACCGGAUCUCUUGCUUCUGUCCCUGCAGGGUCCAGGCAGCCUGAAAGAUGUGUUGAGCUAAGAACACUCAUGCAUUACGUAAUGAGAUUGAUUUAUUUCAUUUUUUAAACAGAUAAAGUACAUCUUUUUUGUAAGUGUUUGAAAAUGUAAAAUUUGCUGUUUUUAUACUGACCCACCGGUGCAGAUGACGAAUUUCUAAGACGAAAUGUCUUAAAUGUGGUUUAUGUCCUCUUACAUUACAUAGAUCAACUUCAUGUACAACUUCACAACUGAGUCACAUGGCUGAAUGUUUACUUUAAUUAGGUUUUAUGUUUGAAGUGUAAUACUCUCGCUGUUUUUUUUUUUUUUUUUUUUUUUUUUUUUUAACUUUAAUAACUUGUGCAUAUAUUCUCAGCCUUUUGCAAUAUACACGAUCAGCCAUAACCUAAAAUUAAAUUAUUAGAUAUACAACCCCAAUUCUGAAAAAGUUGGGACAGUAUGCUAAUAAACGCUAAUAAAAACAGAGGAGUGAUUUUAAAUGUACUUUUUGUUUUUUUGUUAAAAUAAAAGUCAGACAAGGUAUUUGAUGUUUUACCGAAUCAACUGCAUAGUGGUGGUGGUGUUUUUUUUUUUUGGAAGGUAAACAUUUAUUUUGAAAUUGAUGCAUGCUACACAUUCCAAGAAAGUUGGGACUGGGGCAAUUUAGGCCUAAUAGCGAUGUGACCGUUUGAAAUAAAAUGGUGAUGGUUCUCCGGGCCAAAGAGGAAAAGGACCAUCCAAGCUGUUAUCGGCGUCAGGUCCAAAAGCCAGCGUCUGUCAUGGUAUGUGGGCGUGUCAGUGCCCAUGGUAUGGGUAACCGUGAGGGCACCAUUAAUGCAGAAUGUUUGGAGCAACAUACACUGCCAUCCAGAGCAGGGCAAUGCCAAACCACAUUCUGUCUGGAUUAUAAGUGCAUGACCUGCAGCUAAAGUAAGGCAACGAAAACCCCGUACACUUUGGAGCUGAAGAAAUGCAUAAUGGAUGAAUGCGGGAAAAUUCUCCUUGCUAAACUUAACCAACUGGUGUCUUUAGCACCCUAAACGCUUAAGUGUUAUCAAAAAGAAAGGUGAUAUUACACAGUGGUAAGCAGUCAACUGUCCCAACUUUUUUGGAGUGUGUUACAGUCAUCAGAUUUCAAAUGAGUGUAUAGUUUCAAAAAUAAAUUAAAUUCAAAGUACAACAUCAACUAAUGUGUUUUCAGUAUAUUGCAGAGUAAGCUGAUUUUUUAAAUUUUCUUUUCCCUCCCCAUUUUCCAUACUGUCCCAACUUUUUCAGAAUUGGGGUUGUAUUAGGCAGAUGUGAAGUCUGUUCUCGAGGUGUUGGAAGCAGGAAAAAUGGGCAAGCGUAAGGAUUUGAACAACUUUCACAAGGGCCAAAUUGUGAUGGCUAGACGACUGUGUCAGAGCAUCUCCAAGUCUCGGGUCUUGUGGGGUGUUCUGAGUACGCAGCGGUUAGUACCUACCAAAGAUAAUCCAAGGAAGGACAACCAGUAAACCAGCAACAGGGUCACGGGCACCCGAGGCUCACUGAUGCUUGUUUGAUUUCACAGAAGAGCUACUGUAGCACAAAUAGCUGAAAAAGCGAACGCUGGCUAUGAUCGAAAGGUGUCGGAAUACAGUGUGUCGCGGUUUGCUGCGUAUGGGGUUGUGUAGCCGCAGACCGGUCCGAGCGCCCAUGCUGACUCCUGCCCACUGCCGAAAGCACCUACAACCCGUGACCUGAAGCAAGCCGUGCACAGAAGAUACCCUUGCAAUUGGAUGGCUCUAGUUUCUUACUUUUACUAAAACCUGCCAUUAUCGGGGGUGUAUAGACUUUUUAUAUCCACUGUACAAAAUAUUAAGCAGGAUGGCUGAUCGCUGUACAUCUUAUAGAGCUGAACUAUUACUCACAUGGUCAGAGCUCAAACCCUGUAGUGUUAAAAACUGUUUAUAACCGAACGGUUACAGGGAAAUUCAGUAUUGACAGGAGCCCAGUGCAUACUGCUUAUUUUUGAGGCAUUUGUAGUGGAAAAGGUCAGUAAACUGUACACUUGCUUUAACUGCCAACAUCAGGGUAGAGCGAACUGGUCAGUAGAAUCUUAAAUUGUAUCUACAGUAUGUACAGAUUUUUUUAUAUACAUUUUUUUUUCCAUUUGAACUGUCAUUAGAUGCACCUUUAACAAGCGCCUUCUUUCACUUUAAAGGGAUCAUUUCAUUUGUUGAACAUGGCUACAGUCAAACAGUGGUGCUGGAGAUUUCUGAACACUUCUGAUGCUUCUAUUUUAGCGUGUUCUCUCCCAUGUAGUAUCGACGUGCAGAUAUUAGCCGUGCUUGAAACGUUCACCCAAUGUCGCCGUCGUAUUUUCAUAGUUCACACAAUACACUGUUCCAUCAAAAGUGGGCCAGUUAGUAGCUGCAUGUUUAUUUUUGCAUCAUCUAUAUGAACAAGUUAUUUUAAUAACAAAGUUACCUACUGACUUUUAUUGCAAUGUCACUAUGCUGUUUGUCAAAUACAAAUUUGCCUAAAGGUCUGUUCGUUUGUGUUCAACUGUUCAUUAUAUUAUUAUAUUAACUUAAUGUAAACAUUAUUCAUAAAAUAUUUAUUUAUAUUUCCACAAGCAAGAAGAGCUAGUCAACGUCACAAAAAAACACCUAUUCAACAGUGCUCGUUUCCAUUUUCUGCACAAUACUGAACCAGACGAAGAACGCUAACCAUAAAUAAAAAUUUGUUGAAUUUUCUUUCCUGAAGCAGAAAACGUGCCUGAUGAUAAACAAUGAGGACUGGAAAAAAACAUUGUAUGCAAGACUGACAUUUUCUAAAGCACCAUUUUUGACAUUUUACAUCAGAUUUCAUUACAUUAACUAUACAUGACAAAGUAGUAAUACUAAAACAUCUUGGCAGCAGUUUGAGACAAACAACAAAAUUAUUACAUAACUUAAGAAAGAAAAACUACAGAACUAAAACCGCAUUAAGUAGUGACCGAACAGUCAGGUUUCCUUCAUUAUCUAAACAGCUAAGGAGCGAGAGAAGCAUGUUUCUAUGAAGUGGGCUGAUGGAAUAAAUGGCUGAGAUGGUAACUGAACAACAGUGUAGUCCAUUUUUCCCCCACAGUUCAGUUUAAAGCAUACUGGAGCCAGAGGAAAAUAAAUAAGUGCUCCACAGCCCUUGAUUACACAUUUGAGGUUUGUUUUUUUUGGAGCCAGAACAGAACAAAUUGAGGAAUGGCUGCUAUCCUUGUGGUCUGAGGGGGAACAACUGCUGUUGUCUGUGCAAAACAACAUUUCCAAAUGUAAUUAAGGUUUUCCCCUAAAAUAUCUGGCACUAUAGCCUUAAAAUCCCCCCCCACUUCCAACUUGUGUUAUGAUGAAUAACAAAAUAAUAUCUUUCAAUUAGUUCAAUUCUAUUAUUCAACAAGUGUCUUUGGGUGGGUGACAAAUUAAAGUAAACCAUCUUAGUGUGUGUUAGUAAGGUGUUGGUGUACAUUUUACACAUUUCGGGAACUGUACUGGAGGGAUGAACACCACUCCCAACACACACAUCACUCAGAUCUCCCACAGGUUUAGAUCUGGUGACUGUGAAGGCCAUAGCAUGAGAUCACACCAUACCACCUCAUCACACCAUUCAAUGAGCCCUCAUGCUGUAUUGAUGAGUCCUACUGGAAGAGACCAUUCCCACCAGGAUAGAAAUGUGUCAUCAGAGGUGAGGAUGGCUUUGUUUUGAUUUCUAGUGAUGCUUUGCACUAAGGGGAUAAGUGGGGCCAACCAAUGCCAGCAUAACAGCCCCUACCCUGCAACCGUGCACCAGGUUUUUUGUCACCUGUCUCUACGUAUAACUAUAAAUCUAUUAAAUCUCAAUCGCCCUCUGUCUGAAUGUGAUACUGGUUAAAAACAUUCUCUUUCCUGGCUUAAUAUCAAAUAUGGAGUUUUGAUCAAGGACAUACAUCAAAAAGAGCACAAGAGACUAUUUCAGGGGUGUUUCAUGUGGAUGUGUUCAUGAAGCUGAAUUUUAUGUCUCCGAGAAAACUAUCAGCUUGUGUCAGUUAGCAGUAUUGUUCAUGACUGCACACCUGUACAGUGGGUAUAAAAAAAAAAGUCUACACACCCCUGUUAAAAAUGGCAGGCUUUUGUGAUGUAAAAAGAAUGAAACCAAGUUAAAUCAUGUCAGAACCUUUUCUCACUUUUAUUGUGGAAUUGCAACCUAUAAAUAUCAAGUGACAAACGCCCAGAAAUAUUUUUUUGUGAAAAAACAGAAAGAAAAAAAAAAAACAAACAAACAAAAAAACAACUUCCAAUACCCAGGUUGUGUAAACACACACCCUUUUAUAAUUGUGAAUGUGGCAGUGUUUAGUGACUGAUUACCCCCAAAUAAAGUAAAGCUGUUCCUAUAGGAUUUUCCUGAUGUCUUGUUAACAUCCAGAAACCUGGUCAGGGAGGCUGCCAGUAGGCCUACAGCAACAUUAAAAGUACUGUAGAAAUUUCUGGCAAGGACUUGUUGCACCCAACAUGUGACAGUAAUCUCCCAAAUUCUUCAUAGCUCUGGGCUAUGGGG